AUGGCGCAGGCGCAAAUACAACCUUCUCUUGAGGAGGUGACCUCAAUUCUCUCGAAAUCUAAAUCCUCUCAAUAUCCUCCGAACCUCGUACCUUUAUGCGCACAAAUUCCCGCAGAUCUUUUCACACCCACAGUCGCAUACUUGAAAGUUUCUCAGGGCUCCAAAUUGUCCGUUUUAUACGAGAGUGCCGCAACCACCGGGACAAUUGGACGGUACAGUUUCGUCGCAGCCAAUCCUCUGAAAGUCUUCAAAUCCGGUCCUGGACAUGGCCCUGAAGAAGAUCCACUCCCGCGUCUGGAGAAAGAGUUGGCACAGUACAGAGUCGCGAGUGUGCCUUCGCUACGGCUGCCACCAAUGACGGGAGGCGCGAUUGGAUAUGUUGGCUACGACUGUGUGCGGUACUUCGAGCCCAAGACCGCUCGGCCAAUGAAGGACACGCUGAAGCUGCCGGAGAGUCUGUUCAUGCUUUACGACACCAUGGUCGCGUUUGAUCACUUCUUCAAUGUUUGCAAAGUCAUUACAUACCUUCGAGUGCCGGAAACCCAGUCAAGCUCGGACAUCGCUGCAGCAUACAACAGAGCUUCCGAUACCCUGCAGAAGGUGGUCUCGAGAUUGCAAGCCGAACACAUCCCGCUUCCACAUCAACCCCCGAUCGCCCCGAACCAGCCGUCAAAAUCCAACAUAGGGAAAGAGGGUUAUGAGGCCCAUGUCACACGGCUGAAGAAACAUGUGAACAUAGGAGACAUCAUUCAAGCUGUACCGUCACACCGGAUAUCACGUCCUACGACUCUACAUCCAUUUAACAUAUACCGACAUUUGCGGACGGUGAACCCAUCUCCAUAUCUGUUUUACAUUGAUUGCGAAGAUUUCAGCAUCGUGGGUGCGUCGCCAGAACUGUUGGUCAAGGAGGAAGCUGGGCGGAUAAUUACACAUCCCAUUGCAGGCACAGUCAAGCGAGGACGAGAUCCAGAAGAAGACGAGAGAUUGGCCGAUGAACUGCGCAACAGCAUCAAAGAUAGGGCAGAGCACGUCAUGUUGGUUGAUUUGGCAAGGAACGACAUCAAUCGCGUCUGCGAUCCUCUAUCAACCCGGGUGGACAGGCUUAUGGUAGUGGAGAGGUUUAGCCAUGUGCAGCACCUUGUCAGCCAAGUGUCAGGCGUGUUGAGGGCAGGCGAAAACAGGUUUACAGCAUUCCGGAGUAUUUUCCCAGCGGGCACAGUGUCAGGGGCACCAAAAGUGAGAGCGAUGGAGCUCAUUGCCAAACUGGAGGGGGAAAAACGCGGCGUUUAUGCUGGAGCAGUGGGUUAUUUCGGUUUCUCCAGAGUGUCUGCGGACGGAUCUCGAAUCGAGGACGAAGGUGCGAUGGACACUUGUAUCGCAUUGCGCACGAUGGUGGUCAAAGACGGCGUUGCAUACUUGCAGGCUGGCGGUGGGAUUGUGUUUGACAGUGUAGAGGAGGAUGAGUGGUUUGAGACCAUGAACAAGCUGGGCGCAAACAUCAGGACGAUCGAGGAGGCCGAAAAAAAAUAUUUGGCCUUGGAAAAGAUUGGAAAUGGUCAGACCAAUGGGGUCUCUAGAUAG